AUGGGGAGUGGAUUUACUGCUCUAAAACCAGUCAAACCACUCCUUCCGUUCAUACCGGAAGCUCAGCUUCCUGUCAAUGUGGUUCCUUUCAGGGUGAAGGCCAUGUACACUGGGAUAUCUCUCGUUAUUUUCUUGGCCUGCAGCCAGCUUACCCUCUAUGGCAUACACUCCACAACAGGUGCAGAUCCAAUGCACUGGACGCGCGCUAUUCUUGCUUCAAGCCGUGGGACUGUCAUGGAGCUCGGAAUAGGUCCUCUUGUGACUUCUGGGAUGGUGAUGCAGUUUUUAGCUGGUUCGAAGUUGAUUAAAGUAAACAAAGAUAUUAGUGAAGAUCGCGCGCUUCUGGAAGCUGCAGAAGAGUUCUUGAGCAUAUUCAUAGCUAUUGGUCAAGCCGCUGCAAACCUUUUGAUGGGAAUGUAUGGUCCUCUAGGACUACUUGGAGUGGGAAAUUCUAUCCUCAUCAUUGCACAACUCUGCUUUGCCAGUAUCUUAAUGAUGUGCUUAGAUGAACUUCUCCAGAUUGGAUAUGACCUAGGCUCUGGAAUUUCCCUCUUUACGGCAACCUAUAUGUGUGAAAAUGUCAUAUGGAAAUCAUUUAGUCCCACCACUAUAAACACUGUAUAUGGACCUGAAUUUGAAGGUGCUAUCCCUGCCAUGCUCCAAGGACUGCUAAAACAGAGAAACAAGACGCUAGCUCUCCGAAAAGCCCUUUUCCGAACAAAUCUUCCUAAUGUUACAAAUGUGCUCUCCACAGCCUUUAUUUCUCUACUUGCCAUCUACUUACAAGGAUUCAGUGUUCCUUUGACUGUGACGAGUAAUAACCUUAACAGCCGCUUUAGGCAGCGAGGGACAUAUCCGAUCAAGCUGUUCUAUACCUCCAAUAUGCCCAUCAUUCUACUCUCGGCAUUCAUAUCAAACAUCUAUUUUCUCUCUCAGGUACAGAUGUGGUUGAGUUUCUAA